AGAGGUCAUGAGCUUAUUAUCAUACCGUUGGCUGUUUGAACAAAGUUUGAAAAGCACCAGCAUCCGUCUUGCUCAAAAUGGCACUUUCUGAAGGAUUUCGACAGUUUUCAACUGUACCAGAAUGCAGGGAGCAUGAAGACAACCACAGGUGUCUCUACUGCGGUUGUGAAGUUUGUGUAUAAGCGUUUCAACCGUAAUUUCGCCGUUCUUGAGGGAGCCGCGACCUGUGUGGGACUAGAGCUGGCGCCGACAACUACUUGAGUGUCAACACGGAGAUAAACUAUCAGGCCAGGUCACUCAACCACCACGGAGUUUUGCUUUAGAAAUUUCCCUCUAUAGUUUCCUAUACCUCUACAACAUAAUGGCAUCGAGGGGGACUCGCGUUCGCACGCCGCGGCGGCAUCUCCCUGCGACUCCCGGCAAUAAAGCCCAGCGUGCCGACUUACUCCGCAAGCAACAGUCGGCGCCCGACCUGUCUCAACCCGCCGAGUUUCAAACUCCUCCCGGGAAAAAGCGACUUUUCCCAGGCCCGGCUACACCGGAGUGUUUCAGCGCUGUACUCCCGCCGACUCCCGGGGAGGAUCAGGACAUCGAGACCGAGCGGUUACUCGCCGAUAUCGCAGAAGAAGGCGAGGAUAGCUGUUCGGUAACAGUCGCCGUGAGGGUCCGACCGUUCAGCCAGAGAGAGGUAAAAGAGCAGGCAAAAUGUGUGGUGACCAUGGACGGGCCAGCUACGUUGGUCACCCCAGUGAAUGGAAACGAACACCUGUUUGCUUACGACCAUUCAUUCUGGUCAUUCAAAGAAAGCGACAAGCACUUUGCCGGCCAAGAAAAAGUUUACAGAAUGCUUGCCCAGCCCUUGUUAGAGAGAGCACUUCAAGGGUACAACACUUGCCUGUUUGCCUAUGGACAGACAGGUUCGGGGAAGUCGUACACCAUGAUGGGUUUCGAUGGGAACAAAGGAAUCAUCCCAAGAUUCUGUGAAGACCUGUUUUCAAGGCUCUCAGCACACAGCAACGUUGAUGUGAAGUCGCACAUUGAGAUUAGCUUCUUUGAAAUCUACAAUGAAAAAAUCCAUGACCUCCUGGUGUCAUCACCCCAGAAAGAGAAGCGCAGGGCUCCUCUCAAGGUUCGAGAACAUCCGCUCUGGGGUCCGUAUGUACAGGGACUGUCGCAGUUUGUGGUCAGCUCCUACCGGGACAUUGAAGGCUGGUUAGCCAUUGGGAACAAGCAGCGAGCAACGGCAGCCACGGGCAUGAAUGACAAGAGUAGCCGAUCCCACUCUGUCUUCACCAUCAUUGUCACCCAGACCACCUGUGAAUCCCUGGAGGGAGAGGUGCAUGAACACAGCAGGAACAGUAGAGUCAACCUGAUCGACCUGGCAGGCAGCGAGAGAAGCUCGGCUGCACAGACCUCCGGAGACAGGUUACGGGAAGGGGCAAACAUCAACAAGUCACUCAUGACCUUGGGGAAGGUCAUCCAAGCUCUAGCUGACCAAUCAGUGAACAGGAAGAGGAGGGUGUUCAUCCCCUACAGAGACUCUGUCUUGACAUGGCUGUUGAAGGAAAGUCUAGGUGGCAACUCUCGCACUGCCAUGAUUGCCAACAUAAGCCCCUCCAGUACCAACAUGGAGGAAACUCUCAGCACACUGCGAUACGCCAAGCAGGCUCGCAGCAUUGUCAACAUCGUAAAGGUCAACGAAGACCCCAAGGCCAGGCUCAUCAGAGAGCUACGGGCUGAGAUUGAGAAGUUAAGGAGAGCUCAGACUGGACAGGCUGUGGUGAAGGAGGAGACAUACCAGGCCAGUCUGGCAGAGAUUGCUGCCUUGAAGCAGCUUCUAGCAGAGCAGGAGCAGAGGUUGGAGGAGGUCAACAGAUCAUGGCAGGACAGACUAGAGCAGGCAGAGCAGCAGAAAGCUGAGGAGACCCACAUCCUGGAGCGGGUGGGUGUGGCUCUGAAGGUGGACAACAAGUUGCCUCACCUGGUCAACCUGAAUGAAGACCCGCAGCUGGCCGAGGUGCUGCUGUACAUCCUGAAGGAGGGACAGACCAGGGUGGGGUCCAAGACUGGACAUCAGGACUGUGACAUCCAGCUGUUAGGAGGCCUGGUGGGUGCUCAGCACUGUGUCAUCACCAACAGAGGAGACCAGGUGAUGGUCCUGCCCAUGAAGGAUGCUCCCACUUAUGUAAAUGGUGAGCAGGUUACCAUGGAAACCAUGCUUCACCAUGGUGACAGGCUCAUUGUUGGUGACCAUUACUUCAGAUUCAACAACCCAACAGAAGCCAAGUCGGGCAAGAAGAAGUCGGGUGGCCAGCCUAUUGACUUUGAGUUUGCCAAGAGCGAGCUGAUAUCUGUGCAGAGAGCAAAGCUGGAAAGGGAGGUGGAGGCAGCAAGGACUCAGGUUAAAAAAGAGGCCAUGGCCCAGAUUCAGGAAGCCAGGCAGGUGGCUGAAGAAGAGAUGGAAGAGCAGAGGAGGGAGUACGAGCAAAGGAUGCAACAGCUACAGAAAGAGCUGGAGAAAGAGAGUGUUGAGAAGAAAGAAAAAGAGCAGACGGCUAUGGAAGUGCAGGACAAAGUGCAUCAGCUGGAAGAACAGAAGAAAGCUCUCGAGAUUGAAGUGCUGAGUAACAGAAGGCGUCUGCAGCUGGAGGCCCUCGCAGUCAAACAGUCCAUGGAGGAGGCUCGUGUCCGCCAGGCCCGCAUCAUUGCUGAGCUGGAGGCAGAGAAACAGCGUAUGGAGGGGAACGUGAGCCGGCUUCAGGAGGCCAGCAGGAGACGACAGCAGUGUGGGCCAAUCAGUGUCAAGUAUGGAGAGAGGGACCAGUGGGGGCUGAUCCGACUGUCCAUGCUGCUACAAGAGGCCAACAACAUCAGUCGUAGCCUGGGCAGGAAUGUCAGCUUCAGCAGGCAGGACAUCUUCAUUGGUGACAAGCCACAGGUUCAAGUCCGUGUGUCGAACCAUGCCUUGGGCAUGGUGACCCACUGGAGCCCUGAGAAGUUUGAGUCCAGGCUGGUCCAGAUGAGGGAACUGUACCAGGGUGAUGGAGACAUCAGUGAAGAUGACACCAUCUUCUGUGACCCCAGUGACAGCUGGCAGAAGGACACUUCAGUCACUGGACUGUCAGACUACAGCAGUGGCUCAGAAGACCAGCAAAAGCAGAACGGCACCUACACAGUACGGCCUGCAAAGAGAGAAAACCCAGGGACAACAUCAGUAACUUCUACCUGCCUGGAAAUGAUCAACAGUGCCAGAAAGAAGCUCAAGAGCAACUCCCAGGACAGCAUAGUAGACCAGAUCCUCUACUGCCUACAGAGCCUGAAGACGGAAGCCACGGUCAUUUUCUCCUCCAAAAAUGCACAAAAAGCUGAGAAAGAUGUUGAUAGUGAUGCAGACUUUGGCCAGAACAUGAUGCGGAUGUCGUACGCAGUAGUGGUACUGACAUCCCUGGUCCAGCUGUGGGCAUCCGUGAUCGAGCAGUCCGAGCUGGAGCAGACCAGCCAGCUGGUGCACCAGCUCACCAACACCACCCAGCGCCUGGCAACCAACGUGGGCAGGCUCCUGCAGGGGUUCGAGCAAAACCUGCUGGCACUGAUCUUCAGCGCAAAGGACAGCAUCAAGCACAGUAUGGAGGGCCUGGCGAGGGUCGUCGGGGAGGCGAUGCUCGCCACGGACACCGGCAUGACCUGCAUCACGGACAUCUCCGUGGAAAUCCUGCUGAAGACCAUGGUGAUCCAGGGCAUGAUGGCAUUUGUGGAGAAGUUUGUGGGCGGAUGUGUGAAGAAGCUGGAGAACUGUGAGGACUCUGUGCUGUCUGCCAUGUCCUCUUCCAAGUUCACACCGGGUCAGAUAAAGAACAGGGUUUCGGACAAGCUGCUGAACCAUGUACAGCAGGUCACGUCCAGUGCCAGGGGACUUCUGCAGGCCUUUGGAACUCUGGAGGUUGAGUACAAAUGGUGCUACAGUAAUGAUGGUGUGGCCAAAGUGUUCACCUUCAUCCAGGACAUGACAGGUGCAACAGAGAGUGUGAUGGACUCGGCAGCACAACUGUGUCAGUCAACUGUACAUGUCACCAAAAACUCUAGAGAAGGAGUGUCUAAGAUGCGUCCCCAUGCCGUGAAGCUGCUGGGGACGUGCGGUCUCCUACGGGAGGUGGCCAACAGCUGGCAGGAGCUGAACUCUGAUAGGAGACCCAGCAGUAGGACAGACCACAUCAAUAAGAACAUCCGUGAAUUCGACAAGGACCUGCGCACCUUGUUGGAGCUGGUUGACCAGGAGGCGCGGACGAGCGGCAGUUCCCCAGCCAAGCGGCUACUGCCCUCCUCCCCCCACCUAUCCAGUACCCUCACCACACAGUCCUCCCCGUGUGGGGCUGGAACCAACACUGUCACCAGGAGGCUGGCACUCGCCUUCAGCACAUAGAACAUGCCAUGGUUCUUGCCAGAUACUUCCUAUUAUGUAGUUACUAGCUGUCUCUCCUUAUUGUGUCUUCAGUGUGUGUGUAGAUGCCUUGGUACUGUAGUAUCAUUCGUUCAUGUCUGGUCCACAUCUUAUUGCAAAAGAUAUGUAUGAAUUCUGUAGUCAUCUGAUGUACAAUACUCCUUGGUAUAGAGAAUAAAACAGAACAGCUUGACUGUAUAUAUGAAUUUAUAGAGAAAGACCAUAUUACUUCAUAGAGAAAUAGAAUUUGCAGAUACUAAGUAGGUACUUUGAUGUUGUAACAAGAAGGCACUUUAAUGCUAGGGAAUUUUGGUAAAUGAAUAUACAAUGUAUCUGUCUAGGUCAAUAUGACCUUAAAAUGACCCGAGGAAAACCCUUUCAUGGUAACAAAAUGCAUUUCCUUGGUAUAGGGAGUUACAGUAAAUUUGAGGCUGGGGACUUGGGGCAUUCCGUGGUAGUCCUUGUUGCAACCAAAGCUUUUGGAUAAUUCAUAAUUCAUGUAUUUCUUAUCUGUAGUAUUUUAUUAUCUGUAGGCUUAUGAAGUAAAUGAAUGCAAAAGAAAUAAAUGUAAACAGUGUGAGCAGAUUUAUAUACAUGUAUAAGUGAUUUUAGUUUUUAUAGUCUUCCAAAGACAUAGCACAUCGAUUGUGUUCCAGUAGCAAAGCACAGGUGUUACUAGGAAUACUAAGAACUACUGCUGCUACACCAGUUGUUCAUGUGCAGGCGCAGGCUUUUAGGUGUUGCUUACCAUAGUUACAUUUUUGUAAGAAAGUUAUCAGCUAUGCAAAGUCAUGUUUAACAUAGAAAAAUAAAGAUUACUU